AUGGCACCUCUCACCCGACGUCUCCCUCAGUUUCCCAUCCUCAGACUGUCAUUUGGGUCCUUCAGCUCACGCUUUCUCAAGUAUAUCGUGUUCCUACUUUUUCUUGUCAACAUACGCUCCUGGCCACUAUCCUGGCAUUUCCGUAUAUUCCAGCCCAUUUUCGCACUCCGCCUGCGAUUGCAACUGUACCGCCUAAGCGUCCUCUGGAAGCCCAAAUAUGUCAGGGAUAGGGCAAAGGCAAGAUGGCUCUGUGCCUUGUCUCCGGUAGGAGAGAAUCCAUUAAAUUUCACUGUCGCGUGGAGAGGUUGGGCAACCCCAGAUGACUGCGACUUUAACAUGCAUUUAAGCAAUUCAUGCUAUGCUAAGAGCUUCGACUGGGCACGACUUGCCUACAUAUUGAAGGCCUUCCCCGCAUUUUUCCGUACUGGGGGCUGGAUGGCUCUUGGCGGCACGCACUACAACUUCCUCCGCGAAAUCCGGAUCCUGUCCCGGUACGAGGUCCGCGUCAGCAUCGCAGCAUGGGACCACAAGUGGAUCUACAUAGUGGCGCGCUACGUGUCCAAGCCCAAGCCAAAGGGCAAAUCCCAAUCACGGAGGGACUCGCACUCUCAGUCCGACCUCGAGAUCCGCCUCCCGCCCACGCCGCCCGAGCGGGACGCCAGGGCCCGCAAGGUGCCCAUCCCGCUCCUGCACACGCCCGCAAAGCCCGACGACAAGUGCGACGCAUACCUGCCGCCGUCACCUGUCUCGCCCACGUACCCACUCGGCGCCUCCACGUUGCCCGCAGACGCAUCCUGCGACGACAAGCCAGACUCGCGCGUGAUCGCGGCGGCCCUCCGCACGCAGGCGCGCGUGCACGAGGAGCCCGACGGGGCGACGCUGCACUGCGUCGCGGUCUCCGCGCUGUGCUUCAAGAUCGGGCGCAUCACGGUCCCGCCCGCGCUCGUGCUCGCGUGCGACGGAUUCUGCGACAGCGCGAGCAAGACCUACUCGCAUGCGCAGCCGCCACCGUUCUGGCCCCAUGUGCAGCGCUUGCGCGGGAGCGAGCUUGACCUGGGCGCGCUGCGCGCGUUCUUCACAGGCGGAUGGCGCGAGGUGCCGGAGCGCGAGCGCUGGUGGGAGCAAGCGUUUGGCGGCGAGUUCGAGGAGCGCAGACAAGCGGGCAUGGAGGUCGUUGGUGCGUUGCGGAAAGGUAUGGAGGGCGUGCAGGGUUUGUGA